CUCCGAGCGCGGAGGGAGGGAGGGAGCUGGGCUCCUGAGCGGGGCGAUGGGGUCGCGGGCCCGCCCCGCUCCUGCCUGGGCGGCCGGCAGCUGCUGAAGCCCGCAGGGCGCACACCCGGUGCCCGCGCUCUCCCCCCCGGGACAUGGCAACCGAGCCCCCGCGCCGAGCGCCCCCUCCACCUCCGCCUGCGGGGCGCGGGCAGCGCCGCGCUGGGGACGGGAAGGAGGCCGAGCCGCUGCGGGGCUCCGCGCUCGAAGCGUCCAGCCCCUCAGUCGCGGUAGGCGGGGGCAGGCAGGGGCUGCUGAACGGCUGCGUCCCGCUCUCCCACCAAGUGGCCGGGCACAUGUACGGCAAGGAUAAAGGGGGUAUACUGCAGCAUCCAGAUGGCACAGUCUUGAAGCAAUUGCAGCCACCGCCUCGGGGUCCCAGAGAACAAGAGUUCUACAACAAGGUUUACGCUGCUGACUGUUGUGACAGUGUUCUUCUAGAGCUGCGGAAAUACUUGCCAAAAUAUUUUGGCAGCUGGUCACCACCUACUGCACCUAAUGAUCUAUACCUAAAACUGGAAGAUGUGACCCGUAAGUUUAAUAAGCCAUGUAUAAUGGAUGUGAAAAUAGGCCAGAAAAGUUAUGAUCCAUAUGCGUCAGCUGAGAAGAUUCAGCAACAGGUCAGCAAGUACCCACUAAUGGAAGAAAUUGGGUUCUUGGUGCUAGGCAUGAGGGUUUACCAUAUUCAUUCCGACAGUUAUGAGACACAAAACCAGCACUAUGGAAGAAGCUUAACAAAAGAAACAAUAAAAGACGGAAUGUCUAGGUUUUUUCAUAAUGGGUACUGCUUGAGAAAAGAUGCUGUUGCUGCCAGUAUUCAAAAGAUUGAAAAAAUCUUGCAGUGGUUUGAGAGCCAGGAGCAGCUUAACUUCUAUGCAAGUUCGUUACUGUUUGUUUAUGAAGGUUCCUGUCAGCUGACAGCCACAAGGUUGAGUGAUGGCACUUUAGCAGAGAAGAGAAUAGCGCCUAAAGGAUUGUUACAAGAUGGAGACUUACUGGAGUAUAAUAAUAAUAUUCAUGUAAUAAAUUCUACAGAGAAUGGAAAAAUAGAGGCUUCUGUAGGUAAAAGCUUGCCUAAAAUUUAUGCAUUUCACAAAAAGGCAUAUUCAAAGAGGCACCACAGUCAGAUCUCACUAAAAGCCGAAAACCUGGAGCAAGACAAUGUAUGGAAAAGCAGCACUUGCGUUUCCCAAGAACAUCUAAAUGGAAAUGUUAUACCCCAACUGGAAAAGGUUUUCUGCCAUAUGCCCAAAGAGAUGAAGGAAAAUGCAGAUGUAGAAGUCAGAAUGAUAGAUUUUGCUCAUGUGUUUCCUAGUAACACAAAGGACAAGGGCUACAUUUAUGGUCUGAAGAAUUUAAUUACUGUACUUCAAAAUAUUUUGGAUAACUAAAUUCUUUGUUAUGGAUUUUAGUGGGGGCCAGUGAUAAUGAAAAGCAACAACAUAAAAGAACUUCUGCUCUUGUAAUGCUGUAUAACUGGGUUUGUAUUGUUCUACAUUUUAUUUGUCUUUGUACUUUUGGUAGAAGGGUUUAACUUUUUAUACUCUUACUCAGGAAAAUUAAUUGGUAGUUGAUUAGUAAAGUAUGAAAGGAUAAAAUUUUUAGAAAGUUCAAGAAGUGAUGAUAGUGGAUAUAUGAAUUAAUGUAAUGAAACAUGCUUUGCCCAAAUCAAAGGAAAAGUGCUAUCUCAGAAUUAAUUAUUGAGGUAGCUCCCCAUAACUGCUUUUGGUUAGAUGAUGUCUGUCCACCUAGCCUUGACACUGAGCCUUAUCUAAAUUAACAGGUUGUUGGAAGAUAGGCAGAAAACUAGAAAGCCUAGGCUGAUGUCCUCAGUAUUGCUCUCCGUGAUUACUACAUUGUUAAAACUGGAGUAACCCUACUUUGAGAGAGAUCCUAUUUACAUGCUGAAUUCUAAUUUAGCAACCAGCAUAUCAAGUGGUGCUUCUUAAAGAAAUGGCAUGAUAUUGCUGCAUUCUAAAAACUGGUAGGAGCUUCCCCUUUCUCAUGGGUAGCCCUUAAUGUAAGUUCAUAGUCGACAGGCUGCAAUGUAAUUAAUGUGUAAGUGCUAUUGAAAUGCUGGACUAAAGAAUCAUAAAUGAAAAUAACUUUAAUUGCAUAUUUGUGUGGUAAGUCUUUAUUUAUGUUUUAAAAGGAAAAAGAAAAAUCUAGAAAUCCCGUCUUGUAUUUGAUGUAAAAUUUCUAAGCCUGUUCAGUUUGUCUUCUGAAACAUACUUUUACUUACAUUUUAUCCGUGGAAUAUCUGCCAUUGUGAUUAAAUGGAGAACUUCCAUCAGACUCCUUUCUUCUAAAAAUGACAUUAUAGCAAAAAAAGCAAAACAAAAUAUGGCAUUUUAAAAAGGAACAUUUAUUGCAUAUUGUCUCUGCUUGUUGGUUUUAUUUAUUUAUUUUAUUAAACGUUCAGAGUUCCACUGUAGGGUAGUGCCUAAUAGAAGCCAUGAGUGCUACAUGCAGAGGAGCCCCUGUAACUGAAAGACCAAAUUUAACCCAUGUGUAAUCUGGCACGGUUUCAUUCACUUUGCUGGAGUUGUACCUUACUUACACCAGGGCUAAAUUUGAUCCUUAUUACUGACACACAAGCAAGCUAUGUAAUUUGAAAGCAAAUCUGUUUUUGUGUACAGACAAAAUAAAGAGUCAUAUGCAUUAGUUUUGUGAUGGAAUGUCCCAAGUAUAUUUUGCGUGCCCCUUUAGGUGCUGUUUAUGCUGCUGUCCUAAUUUGCAUACAUAGUCAGCCUUAUGAGAUGCUUAAAAUGUUUUAGUACAUGCUGUGAAAGGUGCUUUAUGCUGAAGAUAAACCCAAAAUAAAAUGGCUAGAAUGAACUCUGCUCUUGGAAUUACAUAUUUAUUAAUUCUGAACAUGGAUUUAAUGUGGCCUUGCUUCUCAAUAUAGUGUUAUGCACUGUGCACUGAUUCGUACAACUCCCUUUGCAAAUUUUGUUAGAAACAAUUUUGUAUUUUGGAAAGAGAUAAUUGCCUUUUGAAUCUAACUAGUUUUUAUAUCAGGCUGUCUCAGCAUUUAGAUGCUGAAAUACUUAUUUAAUUAGAAGCAAAAUAAAAGUACAAUAUAAUAGGUUGUAAACUAAAUUGAUAAUACCUUAGUGUUAAAGCAAGCAAUUUGCAAGGCAAAGUGUAUUCAAAUCAUGGAAAAAUAAUUGCUCCAAAGUAGGAACAUAGUCAUUUUAAUGGAAAUUUUAUGCAAAAUGUAGCGAAGGCUAAAGGAAAAUAAUAAAAGAUAUUUUAUGUUUUGGUGGCAUUUCCUUUACAAGCUUAAAUUUAGACUCUCUGAUGCUCACCAGAAGUUAGGUGUAUUGAUUUGCAUCAUGUUCCUGGGAAGUUUCAUUUUGUUGCAGUUGUGCUCUUGUUUCUGUAUGUUGCUGUUUUGUUCUAUCCUACAAAUAGUUAACACUAUUCUAGCCUGUUUAUGGCAAUUAGAAUAGUUAAGCUUGUUAAUGACAAUUUUCCCAAGUAUAUUCAAAAUGCUUUAUAGAAAAAGCAGUAGAAAACCCACUUUAUAACUGUAUUUGAGUUCUCACCUGUAAUUCAUCUCUGUUGCAUAUUACUACAGUUGUGCGAGGGAAAUCAAGCUUUUGAUUCCAUGGAGCCUGUUGCUGGAAAAUGAUCUGUCUUCUCCCAGUCAGAAAUGUGUGUGCACUCCUGUCUGUACUAUAAUAUAUAUGUCUUAAGUAUUUGAAUGCCCUUUUAGUGUUGCUUAUGGCAGGCAAUGCACCUGGAAUAUUGUUAAAUGUCAGAUUAUUUUGAAUAAAAUAAUCUAAAUAGUUAUAUCCUUUUUUAACAGAAAUUACAGAUAUAUUUUCUGUUAAUUAAAACUGCAACUCAGAAGAUAGAACUAGUAUUUUUUACCUGAAAUUAGAUAUAGCUGAAUGCUUAUUGUGGAAGUGCUUCAAUAUAGUAUCUCCUGUGAGUUUAAGCCUGCAAAAUUACUACAAUCAGACUAUAUUUUUACACAUUUUAGGUUAAUAUAUUAGUGUCUUGUACAGUUCAAAUAAACAUUUUCAGUUUUAGUUGGAAAUGUAGUUAGAUCACUGAAACUAGUACCUUGACUUUCAUUGGUAAACUGAUUACAAAAAUCAACAGUAAACAAAAGGAAGGCACACUGACCAGUUUGCAUGUGUUUUAGCAUUGAUUCUUUUGGGCCUAAUUUUUCAUAUGGUCUGUGUCCCCUCUUUACAAUCCCCAUAUUAUACAUGUAUGAAAUGUACAAUAUAGAGAACAGUUACUCAAUAGUCUUCACUUAAAUAUUAGUGAGACUUAUGGGUAUUUCUGCUAAAUAAAAACAAAUAAUAACUGACUGAAGUAAUGCCUGAUCACUAUUAUCUAUUGAUUAAAUCUGACUAAAUGAGUGUUUUGAUGUAAGCAAUAAGCAUGAAAGACAUUAGAUCUAACAGAAUAAUCAGUUGUCAAAAGGGAAAAUUCAUGAAAAUGUGGCUUUAAAUGUAUUUUUGUGAAUAUAGUCUAAAGACUUUCUAGCUAUGUAAUUGUGGGACUUGUGUACAGGUUUACCUAAUAGGAAUUUACAUUGUAUACAUUUUUAUAACAAAGCAUAUACAUUCUUGAUAUUUUUGCAUAUUGGAAUUUGUUGCAUAGAUUCAAAUGAAGUUGGAAAUUAUGCCAUUAUGAAUUGUUGAAUAAUUUAUUCAACUAGUUUCACAAGUUAAAGCUAUAAAAUCUUCACUAUGAACAGUGUUUAACGUGGAGCUUGUAAUAUUCUCAAAAUGUUAAUUUUUUCUCUAGUGUGCAGUUGGGCUUUAUUUUUGCUUCUACAUAACACUACAUUUCUGUGUGGGGUUUAUAGACUGUUGAGUAGGAAAUAUGACUUGAUUUGGAUUAACAGAGUAAUCAAGUUAUUGGCAUAAAUCAAUAUGCCUAAGUUGCCAGUCAUGCAUUUACUGUGUACAGAGAAUUCCUGUAGACUUCAGUGGGAGUUCUGGAUAAGAAAGUACGCAAGAUCAGGCCCUUAGUCCAUGACAACAAAAAAGAAUGAACUACAUAAGGAUGUGAGCAUUUGUUACCUGCAACCUAAAAACUUUUGAACACCAUUGAAAACUAUUUUACAUUCUGUUUAAACUGGAAGUAAUAUGAAGUCUAGGAAGAGGAAGAAAGGGUAGAACCACUAACAUGUCUGGUAGGGGCUAACAAUUUUAGGUUUACUGCGUUUUUUAAGACUUGGACUACUUUAAUAGCCUUCUAUAUAAACAUGUCCACAUCUGCUAUUUAAACUAUUAUUUGCUUAUUUAAUUGUGUUUACUUUUUGGCAAUAAUCUUCCCUGCUGAGUGCCUUCAGCUCCUGCUUUGAUACCUUUAGUGACCUCACAUAUGUAGCAUUUAAAGCAUCAUAAUGGAAUGCUUUAAAGAGGAUUUUGAUGUUGUCAUUAAUUUUUUUUUAAGUCCCAUAUCUGUAUAACCUACUGGAGAACAUUGCCCAAAUGCUUUAAAUAAUAUGGAAAGUGCAAUUGUACAUUAACAUUUGUCACCAUCAAAAAAGUAAUGUAAUCUGGUUGGAAACUAGUUAUCUUAGGUUUUAUGAAACUAGCUGUGUCUGUGUUUAAAAGAGAAUCUUUCAAAGCAUGAUGCAUGAAAACAAGGCUUGUUUUAAUGUAAUCAAUAUUCAGUGCCAGGCUUGGGAGGGGUUAAAUUAGUACAGCUGAAAGCAGUAAAGGAUCAUCGUAUAAAAUGAGUGGGACAUCUGCUUAAUUCUGCAAUGCAAGUAACUAUUACAGAUACUGUCCAAAGACUUUAAGCUUUCAUGUAUCUCAUUCCUAUGGUACUUGCUCAUGCUGUCCAUUAAAUUACAAACAUAUUGUAGUAAAAGUCUUACUGUGAAGUUCAUUCCAGUUACAUAUCCACAGGCUAAAUACUGCACAUUUGCCAUUGUACAUAAAUUGUUAAUUGAAGCACCAGUGAACAUUACAACUUCCAAAUUGCAAAUGUUUGUCAUAAUUGACACAGUAAAAUAAAAAAAAUCCAUUUUAGGAAAAGUGAAUUUCAGGAAAUAUUUUGCCAUAAUUUUAUUUCAUAAAGAUGGGCCCGACAUAUUUGGAGUUAAUUCUUGUUGGAAAUCAUUUUGAUUAUAUGAAAUCCAACAGAAAUAAGGAGAUUAUGCAGAAGAGUGAUAACCAGGAACAAAUGUACUUUUAAAACACCUUGUUUUAAAUUGUAUAAACAUUGGGACUUGAUACUAAUCUGUUUAAUGAGAUAUUAAUAAAUCUGCUAUGAAGUAUCGCUUUCCAAGUGUGAUGUAUAUUGCACCUGAAUAUAAGUGAAACUAGAGUGAACAAAGGCACUUUAUUACUCUGGGAUCUGUACUGGAAGUUAUUUGAAAGCAUGUGAAAGUGCACCUAAAGCUGUGUUAUUAACUGGUGACUUUAAAAACUACAGUGCUAAAUUUAUUGUACUUGAUGAAUGUACCUAGUCUGGUUUCAGUUUCUUUGGUUCAAAUGUCUAAAUUAUAUCACUCUAUCUCCUUUAAUUUGUAUAUGUUUGACUGUGGUUCAUACUUUGUUUUUUGCCAUUAUUGGACUGCCGGGGGUAUUGUGGAUGUAUAACCUGUCCAUUAUUUUAUAGACCAAUAUAAUAUGCUAUAUACCAACUUUUUGUAAUUUGAGUGAUAUUUAGGUAAUUCUAAUAGCUGUAUAUUUCGCAAACUAUUAAAAUGUUCAGCAAGUGA